GUUGGCGAGCGCUACUUCACCACCACGAAAGACACCCUGACCGAGGGGAGCGCCUUCUUUGCGGCCCUUCUAUCCAGCCGAUGGGACAAUGCCCUCGACGACGGCUCCUACUUCAUCGACGCUGACCCUGCCCUCUUCGAGCACAUCCUGCGUUAUCUGUGCCGAGGUAUCUUUCCCUUGUUCUUCGACAUCGUCAAGGGGCACGACUACCACCUUUAUGUCUCCCUCCUGGAAGAGGCCCGAUAUUUCCAGAUUCCCCAACUUGAGGACUGGCUCGAGCGGAAGCGAUAUUUGGACGCAGUGCAGGUAGCACACACCGCCGACCAGUACGAUGACGACUACUCUUUUUGGGCCUACUUGAAAGUACCCUCAGGCGUGACGGUGGAGUAUCACUCACAAUGGGCCAUCAGAAAGGUGUACAUCUGCCCGAGGGGUAUACCAGGGCACAGAGGCAGCCCAAUGUCUUGUGGGCGCCGUUGUGCCGCUGCUAGGGCUGGCAAUGAUGAUAAUUUUGAGGAGGAACCGUAUCUGAUGAUGUUGGUUCUGAAGAGGACAGUGAAUUUCAAACCUGAAGUUUGCGUGGCUCGAGAUAGUUAA